AUGAAGAUCUACUACAUCGGCGUGGUGAAGCCCGCCGGCGACGACGGCAGCAAGACCGCGUGCAUCUGCGAGGAGAAGGACCUCUCGUCCUUCUCCUUCUUCCAGAGAAGCUCUGUGGGCCAGUUCAUGACCUUCUUUGCGCAGACCAUAGCGGAGCGCACCAAGCCCGACCAGAGACAGUCGAUCGAGGAGGGCGAGUACGUGGGCCACGUGUACGUGCGUCCCGAGGGCGUGGCCGGCGUCCUCAUCACCGACAAGGCCUACCCGAUCCGCCCAGCCUACACGCUUCUCAACAAGGUGUGCGAGGACUUUCUCUCGCAGCACUCGCUGGCCCACACCACCCAGCUUGCUGCCGCGGCUGCCGCCGCUGCCCAGCGGGGGGAGCCGGCCCCGUCCGGAGCCUCUGUCUUCCCCGAGCUCGCCGGCUACCUCGCCAAGUACCAGAACCCGCACGAGGCCGACGCCCUCAUGAAGGUGCAGCAGGAGCUCGACGAGACCAAGAUCAUUCUCCAGCAGUCGAUCGAAAACGUGCUCCAGCGGGGGGAGAAGCUCGACGCGCUUGUCGACAAGUCCGAGGCCCUCACCUACUCGUCCAAGACCUUUUACAAGCAGGCCAAGAAGACCAACUCGUGUUGCGUGCUUAUGUAA